AUUGAUUUCUUUUUUUAUUACAAUAUUACACGCAGAAGCUCUUUUUUAGAAUCGCAUUGGAAGAUGUCGAAUCAAGGCUUUGUCGUCGCAGAAUUCCCGGAUGGUAUUCAAGUAAUACCAAAAAUUUGGUUGCAAAAUAAAGAUGAAUGCAAAUAUCCCUCGCAUUUUAAGACGGAUAUAAAAAUCCGAAAAGCGGUAGAGAAACAGGAGAUACCAAAGUUUGAUUGGCCCGCAUUAGAAGUUAUAAGAAUUUUUGGCGAAUAUUCGUCCUUACAGAAGGCUUAUGCGAAGGCAGAGAAAGCUUUAUACACGUCAGAUAUGGACACGGAAAAGGAAGCAAAAUAUUACCGAAAACAUAGAGCGAGAAAAAUUUACUCUUCGUCGGAAAGCGAAGAAGAGUCUGGUGUAAAUUUGCCACCUGCUCCAUGUCCUCCUGCAAAACAUCAACGACUCAACGAUUCAGAUGUAUCUCGGAUACAAUGUAAAACUACAUCCAAUGUACGCUCUUCCGAAAAAUCACAAUCAUCGCAAAUUACAAACUCGAGCUCCCAUUCAUCAUUUUUACAAGCUUUUUACUUUAGCCAAACUAUGUUUUCUUUACUCAAAUUGAAACAUACUAAAACAUUAAUAGUUGUGAAAUCUACUAGUCUAAUUAAAAAGAAAAAAGAUUAUUUGAUAAAAUUAGACAAUGGAAAACGAUGGGUUGGAAUAUUUCUUUGUAAAUCGGAUGAAAGACACACUCUUAUAGAAAUAAAAAAGAACAUAGAUACCAACUCACCAAAAAUUCUAAUAAAGGAUGUUAACAAAGGGUCAAGUGACCAAUGUGAAAAUAAUGAAACUACUGGUAAUGAGCCAAUUAAUAUAACAAAUAAUGACAAAUGUGCUUCCAAUGCAGACACAAUAAAUCAGUUUCAUAUUCAACAUGAGGAAUCAAAUACUAUAGUAAACUCAUAUUUAGAUUUGGAUGUGAAGUCCGAUUUUCACAAUGAUAAAUUACAGAGCAAUGUUAUAACUAAUGAAAAUUUACAAAGUCAUACAUUAGAUAAAACUAAAUCUUCUAAAAACUAUCCUCGAAUUAUAGAAGACAAGAAAUGCAAAAUAAAUAUGACUAUUUUAUCAAAAAGUAGUGACACAACAGCAAAUAGUUCAUGUAAUACAUCUAUUCUGGGGAAUUUGGAACUUUCUGAUGUAAAUCUUUGUUCGAAAUCGAACGGAUAAAGAAAGCUGAAAGGAAGGGCAUUAAUGUAUUACAAUCAAAUUCAUGCAAUAUAAGCAUGCAGCAUGCACAUUACGUAUAUAAAACCUUAAAUUGUAACAGGCAGACUUUAAUAUUAUUUAAAUCGCGCUCGGCCGCACAAGUAUACAUAUACCUCGCGCCUGCGAAAAAAGAAGCGCUUGCGUUAACUUUCACUUUAAUCGUAAACACCGCGGUCGCGCGAGAGGAGAGAAAAUCAAGUGCCAAUAACAACAAAAUAUGACUUGCUAAAAGGUAAAUAAUUAUCGUAAACGUACUUUCGCCCUUAACAUCUCGAUCGAACAAGGGAAAAUGUUCGCGAAGGUUCUCGAAAUCCGGGCCUAUAUAAACCUCCUCUCUCGUGACCGCGGUGCUCUUUCCGAUUGCUCGU